GAUAACAAACGUAAAAGAUACAAAGCGCUCUGCUAACGCUUAAAAGGUGCAUUAUCAAACAAAUAAUUAAAUUCAGAUAUAAUUCAAAUAAAAGUGCAGAAAUAUUAUCGUUAAAGUUAAAUAUAUAUUUAAAUAUAUACAUAAAAAUUGUAUUGGCUGAUUUUUAAUCACCUCUCUUUUUCUGUUCUCUCUCGGCAAGUGCAUUAGAAAAACAACUGAAGCAUUCCAAACGUAACAAAUUGUCAAAAAAUAAUUGUGAAAUACAGAAGAAGAAAAGGGUGCAAAGUGCGAGGCAAAUAAUAAAAACGAGUACAUACAAAAGUCUCAACAACGAGAACAAGUUAAAACGCACAUAAAAGUCCUGGUCUGAGUGCAGUGCUCACACACAUACACACACACUUACAUCUAUACAUACACAUACACUUUCAAUAUGGCGGAUGUCAUGGAGAAAAGCUCUGUGCUGGAAGCUGCUGUGCCAACAAUAGGCGACCCGCGUCCAAUGCAACCGCUGCAACAGGAAGUGCAGCCACAACAGCAGCCGCUUCCACAACAACAACUGCAGCAACAACAACAACAACAACAACCGCAGCAACAACAACAACAACAGCAACAGCAACUGAAAGCAGAGCCGGCUCAAGCAGCACGCGCUGGACACGAACAGAAAGAAGGUGACAAUGACAGCGGUGUGGAUGAGUCUACUCAGGAGAAGGAUCGCAACGGUCCGAAUUCCCCGAGCUCGCCGGUUAAGACGCCCACAUCGAGCUCCUCGAAGCCAGACAAGUCGGGAAUAUCGCGGCCACCGAGUGCCACCCCAUCAAAUAAAUCAGCAUCCAAGUCGCGCAGCACCUCCAAGAAUCGACUUCUCCUCAAGACGCCUGAACCCGAGCCGGCCAAGAAAGUUCCAAUGAACAAGGUACAGGUUGGCCAUGCGCCGUCGCCUAAUCUGAAGGCGGUACGUUCGAAAAUUGGUUCACUGGAUAAUGCAACCUACAAGCCGGGCGGAGGUAAUUUUAAAAUCGAGUCCAAGAAGAUCGACAUCAAGGCUGCACCACGCAUCGAGGCCAAGAAUGAUAAAUACAUGCCCAAAGGCGGCGAGAAGAAGAUAAUUACAACAAAGUUGCAGUGGAAUGCAAAGUCGAAAAUUGGUUCAUUGGACAAUGCGGCCCAUAAACCUGGAGGUGGCGAUAAAAAGAUCGAGUCCCUUAAAAUGGACUUCAAGGACAAGGCCAAGCCGAAGGUUGGCUCCAAGGACAAUGUGAAGCAUCAACCCGGUGGUGGCGACAUUAAGGAUAACAACGCAAAGGAUAUACAAUCGCAAAAAAUAGAAAUUAAGGCACAAAGCAAAGUUGGCUCUUUGGAUAAUGUAAAGCACAAGCCCGGUGGCGGUGAAAAGAAGAUUUUCGAUGAUAAGGAUUAUUUGAAAAAUGUUGAACACUCUGUUGCACUGACAACACCACCAACACAGAGUCCACAACCAUCCAUGACGGCUUCAACAAGCGGCGCUGAUGAAAAUUUGAAUCAACAAAGUUAAAUCAAAAAUGUCCAAAAUACAUGUUGAGAAAAUUGAAAACAUAUACACAGAUACACACAAACCCACUAACUCAUAAACACAUUGAUCAAAGCUUAUCUGAAUCGUAAUUUGUAAGCAAAAGUUACACAAAAUGAAAAAUAUGCAAUAACUCCCACACAAUACGAGUCUUUACUCAAUCUGUAAUUGAAUUGUGCAAGCAUACACACACACACAAACACACACACACACACUGAAAAACAAUCUGAUAAAGAAGUUAAAAGUAUAUGACUAGUUGAUCAAUGCACUAUUUAUCAAAACGAUAACAAAGAAAAUGCAUAAACUAUAUAUAAUCUAUACAUACAAUAUGCAAACAAAAAAUUCAUAUACAUAUAUAAUAAAAGAAAAAAGUAUCUAAAAGUUAUGAAAAUUAUACAAAAAGACAUAUAGAUAAAUGCAUAUAAUAUCUGUGUGCUUUACGUGUAGUUAAAUGUGUUAAGCAAUUCAUAUUUUCAUUCUAAACGUAUAAUAUUGAAAUAUUUAAUUUGAAUUUAAAUCUGAAUGAGAAUCAGAUGCGAUUGAAGUUCAUAUACAAUUUAGAUACUUUUACUUUUGCAAAAAUAAAAACAAAAACCAAACCGAAGUAAAAAAAUCAAGAACAAUUUACCACUGAUUAAGCAUACAUACUAUUAUAUAUUAUAAUUUGUAAUAUGUAAUUUGUAAUUUGUACGAGUAUCCUUAAUACUUAGGAAAAUGCAUCAUUCUCACAACUUAUUUACACCCCUGUUACAAAAUGUAAGAAUGCAAUUGAAAUGCAAAUUAAAAACGUAAUAAAAACAUUUUUUCAUUUACCAAAA